AUGGACUGGUCUCGAGCCACUAUCCCCAUAGGGAAACGACAGGUCACAUUACAACCACAAGCCAGUUCCAAAUUCAUCGUUUUCCCUUCUGAUGAUCCAAAGGCACAAAUAUUGUAUCAUGAAUGUGAAUUUGGCAAUUACAUGAUCUUAUCUGACAAUGAAGUUGCAGAAAAGUCAUCCCAACUAAGGGCACCUAAUGAAUUAUGGGUGAUGGGGUUUGAUGGUAGUUGUUCAAUGUCUGGUCUUGGAGAAGGGGUAGUUCUUAUUCCUCCCUCUGGAAAACAUAUUCCUUUCUCUUUCAAGUUGGAGUUCAAGAACACAAAUAAUACUUCUAAGUAUGAGGCCUUACUGUUGGGAUUAGCUGAAGUGAAGAAACUAGGAGUGAAGUUGUUGCAAGUCAAGGGAGAUGCAGAGUUGACUGUGAAACAAGUCAGAGGGUUGUUCAAUGUAAAGAAUGAGAGGUUGAGCCACUACCGGAAUAGAGUUUGGGAUGAGAUUGAAGGUUUUGAUGCUUUAUCUAUUGAAGUCAUUCCUAGAUAA